AUGCAAACUUUUAUCUUCGUGACGCUAAUUGUUCUGGGUGUAGCAACUGGUAAUUGGAGACAAUCUGAAUAUUCACAAUGGACAGUUCCACAAGGUCAAACAUUUCGUAGGGGGCCUGUUAGAAACGUGUAUCAUCAAAAUGGAUUCUCCCAGUGGAAUCCUCAACAAUAUUAUUCAGAACAAAAUAUUAAUGUCCACGAAUCUUUUGCUAUUGCUGAAUGGAUCUGUAGAAAUCCAAAAACAGGUGACAUGUUAAUAAUAGUAUCAGAAACGAAAGACCAAAACAAAGAUCAAAAGGAAGAUCAAAGGAAAGAAUCUUUUCAUAAUUCCGAACAAGAUCAGAAUACAUGGAAUCAAAGAAAUCCUACUUCUCAUAAGUUCGAAGAUAUUAUAAAAGAAAAUGAUAUGAAAAAUAACGGAGGAGAAGGUCUUAUUGACGUAAGGAUUGGAGUAUAAUAUCUCAUGUGAAUCAUUGAAAAGCAUUUGGACAUUAUCAAAUUUUUAACAUUUACAUGUUUGUAUCUAAAUGUGAUCAGAGAUAAAUAUAACAAGAUUGUAGAAAAAUAUCUUUGUUUUUAAAAUAAAUUGCAACUCACAUUAUAAACAUA